GGGAAUGUUUGCGCCCGAGGGGAGAACGGCAGAAGACACGGAAGAGGAGGAGGGUUGCAAAGGAGGCCAGCGGAGGAUUAAGGGGAGGAGAUCCCAGGCAGGGUGGGGGCCGCUCAGACCCUCGCUGGGGAGCAGCUGCCCCACGCACGCAGCAGGCGGAGGGGCCGGAACCGCGCGCCCGGGCUGGUGCCCCCCGCAGCCGCUGCGCCCCGCAGUCGGAGGCGCCUCUAAGGGGCACAGCAUGGAUCCUCGGCCCCGGGGGCUGGAGCAGCAGCGGGAGCCGGAGGCUGGGCGGGACGGGACCCGGGCGCCCCCCGCAGCGGGUCACUGCCUGGCGGGGGGCAGCGCGGUGCGCUCCGGCUCCCGUGGGCACCUGGCUGUGGAGUGAGUGACCCGGGGCCAGGUCCUGUGCCGGGCGCUGCCUGCCCCUUCCCGGCGGCUGCACGGCGGGGUGGAGAAAAGUGACCCGUCCCCUCCCGCCCCCGUGUGGGCUGAACGUCCCUGGCUCCCCCCGGUGCCACCGGCCGGGCGGGGCCCUGCACUUCGCUGGCAGGACUCGGCCCCGAAAGUGGCCGCGCUGGCCCGGGCGGGUGCGGGUGGGAGCGCCUGGGCCGCGGGGAAACGUCCGGCCGCCCUGAGAGCGCAGAAACUUCUCCGGCCGCCCCCGUGACAGCCUGCUCGUCCCCCGGCCUUAGGUUUCCCUCAGCCGGCCCCCGGAGCAGCGAUUCGCCGCCCUUCUCCGACCAGCCGCCCGGCUGUGGAAACGCUUCGCACCGGGAGAGCCGCAGACCCGGCGCGCUGCGGGUGGCUCCGCCGCAGCUGGUAGGUGGCUGACUUCAGCUGGUGACUCGCGCCUUUAAAACCCCAACACUUCUUGUCAAUGUCUGAAGGGGGGGUUGGUUCAAAUCAAACCUCCUUCGCCCCCCGGGGGAGAAACUUCCCGGACAAACUCCACUGAGUCCGCAGGGAAAUCCCAGAACUGUGUUUUUUGGGGGGGAGGGAACAGCCACCCACCCACCCAGCCUUGUUGUUGUCAUAGACUACGUGCGAACUACAGCGGGAAGGCAAGUCGCUUCUCUCGGCUCCACCGGGGCCAAUCCAGAUUGAGCCCGGAGGCAGAAUUUGGCUUGGAAGAGAGACAGAGGAUCUAGGGAGGAUGAUCUAGUCCAUGGCUAGGAGGCUGUUGGAGAUUUCGCGUCCGAGAACUGCUGUAGCAAGAGACUCCCUCCCGCCCUUUGCACAGAAAUCCCAGGAUCGAUCUUCAUGCAACUUCCCCUUGUGUUAAGGGGUCCAGGAAGGGACAGAGGGAACCCGGCUGCUGAGGAUAAAAUCCCAAUCUCUAAUGCAUUGACCUAAAGAAAGACCUGACAAGGAGGAUGCCAUGACGGCUGGCAGCGCCGAAGCCAGCAGAGCCAUGAGAAAUCAGGAGCCUCUGGAGAAGAAGCCCCUGGGACCCGCCCCUCCUCCACAGAGGCACAGACGCAAGUUGAGGCGCAAGCCGCCGACCGAGGGGGCCGUGAAGGGACAGCUCCGGAUGCGCUCGCCUUCAGGGGCCUUCGUGAUGGUGGGCAUCUCCGUCGUCUUGGUCGGCAUGACGAUUGCCGUUGUGGGCUACUGGCCUCACCGGGGCCCACACGCAGCCGGGCCCGGGGCCAGGCCGGGUAACUCCAGCGGCAUGGGGGACAUGAAGAAGGAAGUGAAGGUCUCUGCUCAGGCCCGCUACUUCCCUCACAGUGAGAAGCUGAAGCUGAUUGGCCCCGUCAUCAUGGGCGUUGGCCUCUUCAUUGUCAUCUGCGCCAACACCAUGCUGUACGAGAACAGGGACAUGGAGACCCGCCUGUUGAUGCAGAAAGGCCUCUACUCCAUGACCCCGGGCCUCCUCCAGGACUUCAGCCAGGAGGACAAGUACUGCCAGAGGAGGACUAGCUUGCCCCUCCUCAAGGCCAAUGCCGAGUGUGUCGAGGGCUGUUACGAGGUGGAUCUCUCCUCCAGCGGCUUCCAAUCCUGUUCCAGUCCCAGGAACAAAUGGGCCGACUGCUACGGGCACAACAGGCUCCAGACAACAGCCCAACUGCUCCAUCACAAGGGGGUUUCCCCCUCCAUGUCCCUCCUCAGCAUCCGCUCAGACUCUGGCAACUCCAUGGAGGGGAACCUCAAUCUGUCCUUCACCCGCGGGGCCGAGUCCGUAAUUUCCUUGGCUGCCACCGCCCGGUCACUUCCCAUCAUCAAGGUGAACAACUGCCUCAUUGAGAAGCCAUCUGCAUCCCCAGGGGCGGGCGAUGAGGGGGGGGUCAGCCUGGCAGGGGCGCCGGAUGAGGCACCACGGCUCUCCUGGACUCUCCCACCCAGGGUCGGCAGCGUCUCCCCCAGAGGAGAUGACCUCCAGGGUGGCCAUGUCAUUAUUAACAUAGACAGCAGGCCUCCGUCCGUCGCCGCUGGCGAGACGUACCUGGACCCAGAAGGCACCGAGAACGACUUCAACUCAGACGUUCAGCUCCACAAUCCGGGUCACUCCAAGUCGCUGGACCUUGGCAGUCCGGGCGUGCUGCUGGUGGCGCCCAUCAAAGACCGGAAGAACAGGAGCUGGCCUAGACUUGACCACAUCAGCCUGGUAGGCUACGCCAAACUGGAAAGCACGGGCGAGUCCUCCGACAGGCUAUUGGAGCAGACAGAUCAGCAGGGCAGGGACGAGCCCAACACCAGCACCCAGGAGGUGGGAACAGAGAUGGGUUCAUGGGUCUGACUUGGCAGGGGAUGGGUGACAAGGCCAGGACGCCCUCCCGUCUUUUCAUUGCCUCGCCUGGGGGACUGCUGAGUGUGUUCUUCUUUGAAGCAGAUGCCCCAAUGAUGGGGGGAGGUCAGGGCUGCUGACUGAGCCCAGGACAGGCCUGCUGCUCCUUAGGGGAGACUCUUCAAGGCAUAGUCGUCUUCUCCCCAGAGGCACCUGGUGCUGAGGUGUCGCUCGAUUUCUCAGUGGGCGGUUCGGCCUUGCCUUACGACCCCCUCUCCCCGAGCCACGUGGGGAAUCUGGGCUUAGACAAGCACCCCCGAAAGGGGAGGCGGGGUGGGGAUCCCUGCUACUAAGCCACAUGGGCCCCUUUCCUCAUCGUUAGCCGGAAGAGCUGCGGCAGCGGGUGGGUGAGGGGGCCCCCCACCGCCCCACUCCGCUAAGCAAUUCACUGGCCAAUGGCACGUUAAGGCUACCAGGGUUAUUAAAUGUUCUCUCGCCACCACCAAGGUGCUGAGUCAGUCAUUUUGCCUGCAUGAUGUUUCGGCGUCUGUCUUUGCAAAGCUCACUGUCACGGAUUGCCCCCCUUCAGGAUACCACUUGAUGGGCUGAGAUACCACUGAGCCCACCUGUUCUGCCAGCCUGGGCCCCCUUUAACCUGUCUUGCUGAGCCAGGCUCUUAAGCCUCCUCCAACACAGACACAGGCGGGGCCACACCCCGCUGCAGAACGACACAGACACAGAGAUCAGCUCUGGGAAGACUCAGCUAAAGGGACUUGCCCCAGCACUCAGGUGCCCACCUCCCCUGGAGUGC